UUCAUUCGGGAGAAUCCAAGAUGACCACUAAAAAUAAGAAGACCAGAAAGUUGAGAGGACACGUCAGUUCUGGAAAUGGACGUAUCGGUAAACACCGAAAGCAUCCUGGAGGUCGAGGUAAUGCUGGUGGUCAACAUCAUCAUAGAAUAAAUUUUGAUAAAUACCAUCCAGGUUAUUUUGGUAAAGUUGGUUUCAGACACUAUCAUUUAUUACGUAAUCCCUCAUUCUGCCCCACAGUUAAUGUAGAUAAAUUAUGGUCUUUGGUAACAGAACAGACACGUACGACUUACCAGAAAAAAGCAGAUAAAGCACCAGUCAUUGACUGUGUUAGAGCUCAGGGUUACUAUAAAGUACUAGGUAAAGGUGAAUUACCAGCCCAACCAUUAAUUGUUAAAGCAAAGUUUUUCAGUAAAAGAGCAGAAGAGAAGAUCAAGAGUGUCGGUGGAUGUUGUGUGGUUGUAGCCUAAAUAAACCUCGACAACAUUG